GGAAGUCUGUUUACUCCUUUUUUUUUUCUUCUUUCCUUUUCCCUUAACUUUCAACCCCACUCCCUUACAUUUAUAUAAAAAUGUCUUCUUUCGCUGAACAAAACAAGUUUGCCAUUGAUUUCCUUAUGGGUGGUGUUUCCGCCGCUGUCUCCAAGACUGCUGCUGCCCCUAUUGAACGUAUCAAGCUUUUGGUCCAAAAUCAAGAUGAAAUGAUCAAGCAAGGUCGUCUCAGCUCUCCCUACAAGGGUAUCGUUGACUGUUUCAACCGUACCGUCAAGGAUGAAGGUUUGGUUUCCAUGUGGAGAGGUAACACUGCCAACGUUAUCCGUUACUUCCCUACCCAAGCUUUGAACUUCGCUUUCAAGGAUAAGUUCAAGCGUAUGUUCAACAAGGAUAAGAAGAAGGAUGGCUACUGGGCCUGGUUUGGUGGUAACCUUUUGAGCGGUGGUGCUGCUGGUGCCUGUAGUUUGUUCUUCGUUUACUCUUUGGAUUAUGCUCGUACUCGUCUUGCUAACGAUGCCAAGUCCUCCAAGGCUGGUGGUGAACGUCAAUUCAAUGGUUUGAUUGAUGUUUACAGAAAGACUUUGGCCUCUGAUGGUAUUGCUGGUCUUUACCGUGGUUUCAACAUUUCUUGUGUUGGUAUCAUUGUUUACCGUGGUUUGUACUUCGGUAUGUACGAUUCCAUCAAGCCUGUCAUGCCUGAAUCUCUCAAGGAUUCCUUCUUGGCUUCCUUCUUGUUGGGUUGGGCUGUUACCACUGGUGCUGGUCUUGCUUCUUACCCCAUUGAUACCGUCCGUAGACGUAUGAUGAUGACCUCUGGUGCUGCUGUCAAGUAUGACUCUUCUUUGGCUGCUUUCAAGGAAAUCGUUGCUAAGGAAGGUGCUAAGUCCUUGUUCAAGGGUGCUGGUGCUAACAUUCUCCGUGCCAUUGCUGGUGCUGGUGUGCUCAGUGGUUACGAUUACCUCCAAGUUGCUGUCUUCGGCAAGAAGUACUAGGUUGUUUUUAGUAGAUUAGGAACAUUUUAUAUAGAUACAAAUUUUUUUUAACACAUGUUAAUAUUUGGAGUUCAAUAAAAAAAAAUAUAUGUUAUUUUGUUUGAAGUUAA